AAAGAGAGUUGCCGGUAUGAUAGUUUCUAGCUUUAAUUUAUAUUUAUUUGAAUUUGAAUUUGACUGCGUUAAGCAGAAUCCAUCUCCUACUUAGAAAACUGCAGUCCGGCCCUGCCUAGAAAAAACGCAUCUCGAUGCACAAUAGUUUGCGCGGUAUUAAGCGCUUUUUUGCAAUUUCCGGUUAUUCACUUAAGAAUUACCUUUCGAUCGAACAGCAUCUAACCGGUCACCAACAGCAGAAGAAUAAAAGUAUUUUUUAUAAUAGAAUUCACGUGGAAUAAAGUUGUUUUUCCUAAAAAUUGGAAAUUUAAUAAACGGUUGUUAUUCGUAAAGUAACGCGUCGUGGGUUGGUGUUUUAACCCGAAAGAUUUGCCCGUGAUACGAUCCCCUGACAUUACAUUUUUGGUGCCGUGACCAGGAUCACGGGUGUGCCAUUGGAUCAACCACGACGAUAAUCCCAAUCCCAUUCAACAACCCGGAGUUCCAGAUAGCAGUACCUGCUCAAAAAGUACAAGGCCUGUUUAAGACAGGCUCCAUGUGAGUAUCUGUCCAACGAAUUCUAUUUUCUUGAGAGGUACUUCCUGGGUCUUCUUUUGCCCAAUACAGAAAUCCACGUGUUCCUGCUGAGGAUCACCGAUCCUAUUUCUAUACCGGUGCUAUUGCCGUUGUGGUAUACUAUCCUGAAGUGACCGUUGCUGUUCCUAACCUACAAUUAUCCUGGGGAAAAUCCUGGAAGGUCGGAAAUCCACAUCCAAUAUCGGAUUUCAAUCCUAACCAUCCACUGGAGUUGAGACAUCCUACCCGUGAUCAUCCUACUUGGUAGUCAUCCCAUCCAGUUGUUCGAGAGUUCCUGCUUUUUAAUAAAACCAAAGGCCUAUUUUUGAAUGGGCACAGGUGAGUGCCAUUCCAACCCUAUAUCGUCAUCCAAAAGGUGCUUCUUGGGUCUUCCGUUUAUUUUAGCCGUUCCUGCACUAAUCUAAACCUAACCUCAUCAUGGCGGAGAAGAAGAUGAAGGCAAAGGAGCUGAAACGGAAAAACAUCCUGGAUUCCAUGCAGCGCAUCCAAGACUUCCUGACGAAUUACGAUGAGGAGCGAGACAUGAACGAGGUAGCGAUACGUCUGGCCCGACUUGAUAACCUGAUGGAAACUUUCGAAGCGAUCCAAGGAGAAUAUGAAACGUACGACGAUGAACCAGAAUUUGCUGCGGCUAAUGCGAAGUCCGCGGAGUUCGUAUCCUACCAAGCGCUGCCAGAUAACAGCUACGUCGCCGGAGGACAUUUGAUCAUCGUCCCAACGCUACUUAACAUGAAUCCAGAGUUUAACGACGAACGGAUUCGUACCGGUGAGCUGUUUCUGAACGGCUGUAAAUCUCCAACGAACAACGAGCACGAAUGUCGUCGCCGGGGGACUCAUUUCACAAUCCUGCCGCCGGUUGUUUCGGCCAAGCUGAACACCAAGGCCAGUUUCCGGUUUCGUUACGGACGCGUGGAAAUCCGAGCCAAGCUGCCCAAGGGAGAUUGGAUUUUUCCGCAGCUCCUGUUGCAGCCGGCCGAAAAUUACUACGGCUACGCUGAUCUGGCCUCGGGAAUGUUGUUGUUGGCCCACGUGCUUGGCAACGACGAGCUCGUUUCCCGGGAAGGAAUUCAGAUCGAUGGGCACCGGCUAAGGGGAGGGGCCAUCAUUACGAACAGGGCCAAGCUGCGGGAAGCUUUCCUCAAGUCCAACGUUCUGGAUGAACACUUUGCCGAUGGGUUCCACACGUACGGUUUGAUAUGGCGCCCGGAUGGAAUUUCGUUUACCGUUGACGGAUUCCAGUACGGCAGCCUGAGGGGAAAGUUUGUCGAUUUUGGGCUGGCCAACAAUUUGACCCAGGCCAAUCUGUGGAACCGAGAUAAUGUACUGUCACCGUUUGAUAAGGAGUUCUACAUUUCGCUAGGCGUCGGCGUCGGUGGGGUAACCGACUUCCCGGAUCUCUGCCGCAACGGACCAACCCGGGCCGAAAAACCCUGGAACAACACCAGUCCUAAGGCCGAGUACCACUUCUAUCAGAACAGGAACGCCUGGUAUCGAACCUGGACCGAUCCGGAACUGGCCGUCGAUUAUGUGCGGGUGUAUGCGUUAUGAGGAUAAGUGAAACCAGUUUUAAAUUUAAAAUUAUUUUUUUUUGAAAAUUUGAUGAGAUUAAUCUAAGAGAUACAUAUGUAUACUGAAAUUCAACACG